AUGCUUCUCCGAGACUUAUGUGAUGAGAAUUUACUUUUUGGUGGCAAGCUCAUUGUUUAUGGUGGGGAUUUUCGCCAGGUUCUCCCAGUCCUUCCCCGUAGGACACAACGCAAAGAAGUCGCGGUUAGUUUAGUCAGUUCUUCCCUAUGGCCUAAACUCACUAAAUUCCAGCUCACAGAAAACAUACGUGCUAGAGAAGACCCGGGCUUCUCUGCAUUUUUGCUAACUCUGGGUAAUGGAGAACUACAAACCCCCGACAGUAGCCUUGUCCACUUUCCAAGUGAGGUUGUAAAACCUCUGAAAGAUGGAAAAGAUCCCAUCACAGAUCUCACAGCGCUUACGUUCCCUGAGUUAGACCUUAAUAACUUCAGCUCUGACAUCUUUACAACAAGGGCAAUUUUGACCCCAAUGAAUGAUGAUGUUGAUUCCAUCAACAUGAAUCUGAUUCAGAAGUUUCCGGGCGAGUCUGUUGUGUACAAAAGCUUUGACACAAUGCUUGAUGAUAAUUGUAAUGUCUAUCCUACAGAAUUUAUAAACACACUGUGCCCUGGUGGAAUGAGUCCCCAUGAACUAAUCUUAAAAAUAGGGAGUCCAGUCAUUUUGCUCCGAAAUGUACUCCCAUCUUCUGGUCUUUGCAAUGGCACGAGACUAAUAUGCAAAGGUUUCUACCCCAACCUGAUUCAAUGUGUGAUUAUAACUAGCCAUCAUAAAGGCAAGCAUGUAUUCAUACCACGUGUUAAACUACGGCCGGCUGCCUCCUCAAAGUAUCCAAUUCUCUUUCAGAGGAAACAAUUUUCUAUCAAGCUCAGUUUUUCAAUGACAAUCAACAAGUCCCAGGGACAGACACUUAGUCAAGUUGCUAUUUACCUUCCUCGUCCAUGUUUUUCACAUGGGCAGUUAUAUGUCGCCUUGUCACGCGCGAGACAAGCCAUUCAGGUUACAAUCAUUUCAAAGGACUCUCCACAGCAGCUCCCUGGUACGGAAGUUGAAAAUGUCAUUUCAUACGAUGUGCUAAGGCUAGCUGGUGGUUCUCCUAGGAUUUUUGUCGGUCAUUUCAUAUACAAGGGAAAAGCUGCUCUUACCGAUGUUUAUGCAAAACUGAAGUGUCUAAGUUGUAGUCAGGUGCAUUUAAAGUUUCAAGGGAGGGUUAUGUACUGCUUCAAUUUGCUCCCGCCUCUGGUGUUUGUCAGUAUGAUUGGAGCAUAG